CGGACACUACAAAACCAAACGCAUCCAAGUGAUUACUAACUCAUUACUUUGACUUUGAGUUCGUCGACAAACUGCUCAUGGUCUCAUAAUUUUCCCUGCUGCAUUUUUUUUUCUCAGCAACUAAACACCAGACACUUUCUCAGUUCCUGUUUAGCUUGACAAAAGAAAAGAAAAAUCAUGUCGUUGCAAAAGAGAUCUUCGGCAUCUAGUUCUUCAAAUCAACCAGAUCAACCCAAGAGGCCACGCUUCUUUCCAAUCAAGCAAGAGAGGAGCUGUUUGACGGAAGGGGAUGUCCGGAGAGUGAUCAAAGAAGAGCUGGAGCAUGCUACAUCUCUCUCGGCCAAAUAUUGUCAAAGUUGUACCGGCAAUGCUCUUGAAGAGAUAACCAAACAGAUGCGGCCAAUGAUGGAAAAUUUUUUGCAGGAAAUGAAAGAAGCAUUCGGGCUUGCAAAAAUUCACUCUCCCCACCUUGGAAGGGCUAAUGCUAGAUCUACGGCAAACAAUUAUACGAGAAACUUACAGCUUCAACUUCAAACCAAACUGUCACUUCCUUUAUUUACCGGAAAGAAACUAGAAGGAGAGAAGGGUACUCCCAUUUCCGUUGCCUUGAUCGAUGCGAAUACAGGGGAUGUCGUUACAUCAGGCCCGGAAUCCUCCAUUAAAUUGGACAUUGUCGUGCUUGAAGGUGACUUCAACAAAGAGGAUGGGGAUAACUGGGCUCAAGAAGAGUUUGAGAACUACGUGGUUAAAGAACGUGAUGGAAAGAGACCACUUUUGACAGGAAAUCUCAUAGUGACGCUCAAGGGAGGUGUUGGGGAGCUGGGAGAGCUGAUAUUUACUGACAAUUCCAGCUGGAAUAAGAGUAAAAGAUUCAGGAUAGGGCUUAAGGUGGCAACAGGUUAUUGUGGGAAUACACGAAUCCAAGAAGCAAAAACAGAAGCCUUCCGUGUCAAGGAAUACAGAGGAGAAGCGUACAAGAAACAUCAUCCACCUGCAUCUGACGAUGAGGUUUGGAGGUUGGAGAAGAUUGCCAAAGAUGGGAAAUCUCACCAAAAACUGAAGGAAGCCGGAAUACAUAAAGUGGAGGACUUUCUACUGCAACUGCUUACGGACUCCAAGAAGCUGAGAGAGAUUCUUGGAAAUAGCAUAACAUCGAAGAACUGGGAGAUCCUCGUACAUCAUACAAAGACUUGCAAAACAAAUUCGAAACUUUAUUUGUACUAUCCUGAUGGCAUGACGAUGCAUGGUGCUAUAUUCACCCUUGAUGGUCAACUGAUUGGCCUAAUCGAAGACAGGGCAUAUUUUGCUACUCAUCAACUUUCCGCCCAAGAGAAGGAACAUGGAGAUUCAAUCGUGAAAAAAGCCUUUGAUAACUGGAAUGAUGUUAGGGAGUUCAAUGGUGAGACCUUUUCUGGUUCAAUGCAGAAGAAAAGCUCAAGCACUUUUCCAUCUCAAGUUCUUGAAGGACAAACUGAUAAUCUCACCCCUGUUCAACGUAAUUUGGCUCCACGAAUCUCUGCCGCUCCAGUUGGUCUGGAAGCUCCUCCGGCAAUUGAAGGCUCCACUGCUGAAGGACAUACCAUGGAGAUUUCAGUUGAUGGAAGUGUUCGUCUCGCUGCACAUCAAUCCAUAUCUCCAGACCGCUGUAAUGUUCUAAUUUCUCCGGGAGAUAAUGGUAUUACUACUGUCGGAUUGUCAAACCAGUCCCAUAAUAUCAAUUUACAGUAUGCGAUGGGCAGCCAAAUGAUCGAUUCUUCGUGCCAAAUGGACUAUGCAGUAGAUCAGAAUGUUCUCCCCUCUGAACCAACCUAUGCCUCAAUAUCAAGCUUCCAAUCUGGCAGUACACCUCCACUUCCUGGAGGCAGUCCCGUGACAGAAAAUUUCCAAUCAAUCGUUCCAGAUUAUGUGUGGGAUUACUUGUUGGCUGAUGAUGGCGGGUCCUUUCAGACUCCAACAUGGGAAAACACGUGAUGAUGGUCUUGUAUGGUACCCGCAAAAUUGUUAAUGGCUGGCUCAAAAUUGUUACUGUCGCAUUAGGUAAGAUACUUCUCGGUAUACUAUCCUGAUAGAAUUGAUGGUAAUUUUCUUAGAUGAGGGCAUACUAUCUACAUAUCUGCAUUGUGUAGAGUGCGCAACCUUGCUCUGAUACCACUUGUAGGGUACGUGGAAGCUUUGUGGUGGUAACACGAGAGAAUUGUAAUAGACAAUUCGAGAUAUACUCAUUUUACCAAA